AACCAAAAACCCUAACCCUAAACUUCGAUUCUCUGGACAAGUCGCAGCAGUUGCAGUUGCAGUUGCGGUUGCGGAGGGAGUAAUCGAAUAUGGGUAAGGUUCAUGGAUCUCUGGCUCGUGCUGGUAAAGUGAGAGGACAAACGCCGAAGGUGGCGAAGCAGGACAAGAAGAAGAAGCCCAGGGGAAGGGCUCACAAGCGGAUGCAGUACAACCGGCGUUUCGUCACCACCGUUGUUGGAUUUGGGAAGAAGAGAGGACCUAACUCAUCGGAGAAGUGAUC